CGUUGAGGGCGGAUCCACACGAAAGAUGAAAUCCCAGACCAGCCCUCACCAGACCACAACACGCACCGACCACAACACGCAGCGGACAGCAGCGUGCAGCAUGCAGCCCGGAGGUGGCGCACAGCAGCCUAAUGAAAGUUCUGAAUCAAACCCACUGGAUUUAUAGGCGUUUUUGUUGUUGUUGUAUGCACGCUAAGAGGGAACUAUCCGAGUUUGUAGAGAGCUAACUGUCAAGGAGGCAACAUUAUAGUACAUAAUAGUCAUUCAAAAAAAGGGCCACCAUGGAGGGGAAGGGAGUGAGCCGGUGUAAGAUUGUGGUCGUCGGCGAUACGCAAUGUGGAAAAACGGCGCUCCUUCACGUUUUUGCGAAAGACUCGUACCCAGAGAACUACGUGCCAACGGUGUUUGAGAACUACACGGCCAGCUUCGAGAUCGACAAGCAGAGGAUCGAGUUAAACAUGUGGGACACCUCAGGUUCAACGUAUUACGACAACGUGCGACCGCUGGCCUAUCCCGAUGCCGACGCUGUGCUGAUCUGCUUCGACAUCAGCCGUCCCGAGACACUGGACAGCGUGCUCAAAAAGUGGCAGGGGGAGACCCAGGAGUUCUGCCCAAGUGCCAAGGUGGUGUUGGUGGGCUGCAAGCUGGACAUGAGGACCGACCUGGGCGUCCUGAGAGAGCUGUCCAAACUCAGACUCAUCCCGGUCACCCACGAACAGGGCACCAGCCUGGCGCGGCAGAUCGGCGCCGUGGCGUACGCCGAGUGCACCGCCAAGUACUCUGAGAACAGCGUGCGCGACGUCUUCCACGUCACCACCCUGGCCUCCGUGGCGCACCACCUCCGGCCCCCGCUGAAGCGCUCCGGCUCGCGGCGCGGCCUCAAGCGCGUCUCCCAGCAGCCGCCACGGACUGAGCUCCACGAGCGGCCGCCGGCGACCGGCCGCAAGGACCGCGCCAAGAGCUGCGUGAUCAUGUGACGGGGGCUCGCAGGAAGCGGUCGUAGGGAGAGGAAGGAGAAGGAGACGAACGGGACCGAGCCGCCGCACACAUUGAACUUAAUUUAUUGGUUUACCUUGGUCAAUUGUUUGCACACUGCGUUCGAGGACAAUGUGAAACGCAAAAAAAAGAACUAAACUACAGAUGGACGCCUGAGUCUGAGGACGAUGAGUCCGUCGACGGCGAUGCUUUCAUGGUGACAUUUUUGUUUGGUGUGUUUUUGUCAGGGAACGCCUUCACGGUUGCGGUAUGCAAGUGUAUAGCUGUGAUUAUUUUCGGACCCGACCCUGAGCACAUGGGCAAAACAAACGCAGACGCUAAUGGGUUUGCAAACUGAUGGGUUUGCUCGCACAGGAGGUGGCAGGUGAACAGUUAAGAGAAUGUUUGGGGGAGGCGGUGUGGGCGUGUGAAUGUAGUAAGGCUGGAUUAAAAGAGGACUUUGUUUCAGGGUGGCUCGAGUUCAACUAGUUUAGGACGAACCAGUCUUGAUAUUUUGUAAUAUCAUGUCCCUACAAUGGCAUCAAAUCCUCUGCUGAAGGAAAAGCAAGAAAAAGCACAAGGAGUUGUUAUCAGCACGGCUGUUAAAGAGUCAGGGAGUUAAAGUGUUGUGGCGCUUUGUUUAAAGCGUGUUCAAAAGGAAAAAAAUACAAUGCAAGGAAGGGCCUGGUAGACAACCGCUACUCAAAUUUUUCUAAAACCGCAAGUGCUUUUUAAAAACUGGAAAUUAAGUAUUUACUCAAAAUGAGGACACUUAAGUGUUGUGAAAUGAACUACACUGGAAGGUCAAAGUUGAAGAUGGGAGGUCGUAUCAACUGUAACACUGUACAUGAAACGCCGAAAUAAAGGGAUCUCGCUCUGCUAAAUGUAUAAAAGCCUCAA